CACCGCGGCGAAAAGUCGGAGUCUCUUUUCGCAGAAAGCAAACCACGAGCUGACUCAUAAUCACGCUCGUGACUAUCAUCUUCAGUAGUUCAGUCUUCGGUCGAAAGAGAAAGAAAACCGCUCGUAAAUACAGAUAUGUUACUCAACCGUACUCUGAUAUACAAACAGUUUGUGCAAGUAAUUAACGCAAUUUAACUUUUUCCGGAUAUUAUUAAAAAAUCGAUACGUGCUAGACUCUAUCAAAUCCCGCAUUCAAACCGUCUGGUGCAACAACUGCAUUAGUAACAAGUGGUUACAAGUCACAGUCUGUCGACAGUGUUUCGGAUUCUAGGUAAAUAAACACCAGUAUUUCCUGACAGAAAUUGUAGACGACAAAUACAUCCCCACGCGUAAUGCGGUCACGUACCCAUACAUGAAAUGACUUUAAUGACGUGCUCGUGUGUGCACCUUUGUGCUCGAUCGUGCCUUUAUGUCGCGUAUCGAAAGGAGGUUAUGCUGAAAAUAUGACGUGAUUGACAGUUUCAUAUUUGUGAUAAUAUUCGUAAUCGAUAGCUAAGGGAAAUCGCAAUUAAAGAUGGUAUAUCUCGAAUCGGAUGAGGGCGUGUGGGAUCACCACUAUUGGGUCAUCUCGCUUGGAGCCGUGCUUUCUUUCGUUGGAUUUCUAGUUAGCUGUGUAUGCGGCUGUCGCCGCGACGAAAACAAGAGCGAGCUUGGGGGGCUUGCGGGUAUGGUAACAAUCACCCACUCUGACAAUGAAGGUUUCAACAGGCUGCCAACCACAGACAUCGGGCAUUCCAUCUCGCAGGACACAACCGAUGCUGGAAAAAGGACGAGCAGUGCGAAUAGAAGUUUACCAGAUAUUCCAAAAGAUGGAACGACGAUCGAAGGUGGUCGACUCGAAACCUUACCUCAAGAUGUUAUCUAUGAGACUAACGAGGUUAUGUGCGAUCCAUCUGUCCUUUAUGCAACCGUUGAGGAAAAAAACUCUCGGCAAUCAGAUGUCAGGAGAGGAGAAAGAGAACUCGAAGAAACUUCUCUGCAAAGUACACUGAUUGAACAAGACUCCAUGUCUCCUUACACGAGACUGAAGAAUCCUGGAUCUAAGAAUGAUGAACACCCUUAUGCCCAGGUGCACAACGUUCAAAAGACUGAAGCCACGCAACUAAACAGGAAUAACGUUGGCCAUUUAGUAGAUACUAGUCUUCCAUCGUCUUCGUCGUCAUCGUCAUCGUCUAAUCAUACGAGUGCCAAUCCUGUCGCUCCGCCAAGAUCUCGAAAGUCGUCUUCUCAUAAUUCAUUAGUAAGCCCGGAUCCUGUUCCGGAUAUUCAAGCUGCAACUGCUAUCACUGGUGGAGUUCAUGCCAAUCAAGAUUUACCUUACAUGACACCACCUUUACUCAUGCCUCUCCCUGAACCACCACAGCUAAAUCAUCACGAGGAGAGGCAACAGCACUUUAGUGGAGAUUCUCAUGAUUACAAGGGUUACACAAGCAUAAGUGUAAGAGAACCCUUAGCAAACAUAAUUGCACAAACAAAAGCUGCGCAGCAGGAACGUCAACAACAACGUGGAUUAACUGACCCUCAUUAUGCUACAGUUUCUGAUGAUUCAGAUGAAAUGUAUGCAGCAAUUGAUGAACAAGAGAAGGUAUACACAAGUGGAAGUGAAACAUAUGCUCAAAUACAGCCGAUGGUACUUGAUCCGGUUAGGGUUCAGCAAAACGAGCAAACACAUUCAAUGCAGCCAUUGCAUGUGGAUGAUUUGUAUGUGUCAGCGCCACAACCUCCAAGUGUUGAUAGCCUCAGACAUGUGGCACAUGCUCAUUCUAGACAAGCAUCAUCAUCAAGUGCGACUAGUUCAGUUGCUAAUCUGGGUUCUCCAAAACCUGAAAAACGUCAAGCAAAUUCUCCACUGCCACCACCACCAGAGACGAUGUCAGACGUUUAUGCAUCUGUCGAGAAACGAGGCUGUAAGGAAGAUCGCUUAAGAGCCAGUAUUUCUUCAGGGAAAUCCUUGGAAGAUAUGUAUGCUAAAGUAAUGAAGAAGAAGCGAGACAUUGAUGAUGAGCAAUUGGAUAUAGCAACAAUGAACAGCAACAACCAUAAUGGAGAAAACGCAAUUCUGAAUAGAAAACAUAGCCUUAUUGAAGUCAGUCGAACGUCGUGGUCGAGUCAUGAUUCUAUAGAAUUUCAAAGAAAGGACUUGGAAUCAUCCCAUUUUGCCGUGGGUAAUAGUAGUGCAAAUUUUCCAACUGAGAGUGAAGGAAAUUUGCUAAAACUUGCAUUAAAACAGAACGAAGCUGACGCAAAUAAGUCUGGUUCAGACCCGGGUUACGAGGCAGUUAAUGUUAACCGAAAAAGUAGCAUAGUUAGAACUGUCUCAGAUAUCGAUCCAAAUUAUGAAGUGUUGCGGCCACAAUUUUCCAGGGGUAGUAAAAAUCGAAAUUCCACGACGCAGAACAAUGUUAUUGAUGUAACCCUCAUGUAUUCUUCGCCAUAUAAACAUAGGCAAGUCAGUAAUGCAAGCAGUGAGGAUCCUGGCUAUGAAAAAGUUCGAAUGCGGCGGAGAAUUGAUUUGGAUCAAGAUACAGAUUCAGAACCGAAUUAUGAAAGCAUGCCCCAUGAUUCUGGGGAGCCAAAUUAUGCCUCGGUCUGUCGGCCAGGUGACAGCGAUACAGACCCCAAUUACGAAUCCGUUAGUCAAAGUGACCCAAAUUACGAAAGUGUCAAGUAUUUGACUGUCAGCCAAAACGAAGAUCCACCUUACGAGCAAGUAAACAAUUAUAAAAGUACUACCAACAUUGACGAUUACGAAAUGGUGCAGAAUAAAAAUGAAGGUGACCCAAACUAUGAAAAAAUACAAAUGAGUCAUUCUACGAAUGUUGCACAUGAUGCUGAAACCGAUGAUGAGCAAUAUAUUCACGUCUGAAAGCCAAUGAAUGUAUAUGCUGAUAUUCUACCUGCCUUAAGUAUGUACGGACACUCAGAUUGAUUCUGACCCCUUCGAUAUCCCUAGUAAUUUUAAGACCCACAGUUUUGAAUGAGCCCCAUUGGCAUUGCCGAGCAGCGAGCAGAUAUAUCCUGAGGUGUGUGAAUCUAAGUGUCUGUGCAUAUAUGCAUUGAAAAUAUCCUGUGUGCUAGUAAAUUUUAUUUGCAUCACUUGUUCAUUCUGGAAUCUUUGACAAUAUGAUUUUUGCUGCCAAACUAAUAUCUAGCGUAUAUUACGCAAAUCUUCAUUAUUGGUAAAUUAUAUGACACUGGCGUGCAUAAAAAAUAUAUAUGUAUAUGAAUAAGUAUAUUUAGUUUAUAAUUAUUUAUUCUUUUGUCCGUUUAUGGCAUAUACAUAUUUUCUAUCAGAAAUAGAACAUAUUAUUAGUUUUUUUCUCACUCCAAGUAGUGGUUGUUCAUAGUUUAUAUAUUUUUCUACCAGUUUUAGUGCCUACAUUUCAAUGAUAGGAUUCUUAUCAUUAAAAAGAAAAGGAAUAAAGACGGAUGGACAUCCCAGUAAAUGCAGUUAAAUAGGUGAAUGACCAACUUUAGGUCUUUCCACUGCCACUAAACACUACAUUAAUUCGAAAAUAUAUAAAUCGAAUACUGUACUUCUGAAUUAGUGUUACAAGUAUGGAUAAGUACCAACAGUGAAAAGACCUUCAUUGUUACGUUGUUUUUUUUUUACAUUAAGUUGAGUUAUAUUCACUACUGAAAUUAUGUUUAUUACGAUUCUGUAUCAGUUGGUCUGUUUAUCUGUAACUACUGCAUUAUUCAGAUGCAUGGUACCUAUUAUCUGUUACUUACCUGUACCUUUUUUUACUGAGUUGUCAGUUACGUUCCAUUACACAAAUUGCGCCGAUAAGAAUUGAAACUAUUGUUAAUGACUGAAUUUUGACUCAGUAUUUAGUUGGUCAUAUUGUUCAUUGAAUAAAUAAUGCUUUAUGCACUUUUAUUACACUACUGAUGGUACAUACAUUCGACACGCAUUUUUAAGAAAUUUGAAUAAAGUUUAUAUUCAUCAUUUCAAGUCAAAAUUUUAUCAAUACUCAGUCUAAACUCCCAUUUACUCAUAAUUCACUACAUUGCUUAAGGCGAAAAGAAUUAUAUUUUCACUGUACUUUUUAAUACUUUACAAACUCACUGUGUCCCAAGUUUAUCACUCAUCAAGAUUACUAACCACAAUCAAAUUUAGUAUUUGUAUGCUUUUGGUUUUCAUUCAGUAUGCUACGAUGCAUCCAAAAUUAGACUUAAAUCUUCAUUUGUAAUCAACAUAAUACCUGCUAGUGAAAGUAUACGUAUGCUCGCAAAUAAUAGUACCAUGUUUAAUGAGUAACUGGUUGCUGUUCAAGUUGUCAUAACAUUGUUCCUGAAAAAUAAAUUUAGUGAAUAAAAAAUGGAUUUAUGUCGAAGCAUGCAAUUGAUGGUGUUACGAAGUAGAUGACUGAAAGUGUUAUGAACAUAAGACUAAGUUCAUCCGUAUCGCAAGAAAAUUGAGAAAGUGAUUUUGCACCCAAGUACCACAUAUAAUGAGAAAGUUUAAGGCUGCUGCAUAGCUGAAUUUUGACGUGGCAAGCAUUCUAUCGUUUUUGCAAUACAAUAAAGGAAAGAUUCAAAUAUUUAUACCGAA